AUGCCACGUGACGGUGUUUUCGUGUUAGCGGACGAAGCCAGUCUACUCGGACCAGACACGCAGGCAAAUGGAUACAGGCUUGUGGCGGAGGGAGAUGUUAAAAAUACUCGCGAAUUGCUCCCAGUCCUGAAGUGGGUUCGAGGCGAGGCACUGUCGCCCGACCAUUGGGCAGAACUUUUCCGCCUCAUCGACCUGCCGUGUGGAACCCGUUUGGACGACCUGACCUUCGGCAGUAUCCUCACCGCUGCCCCGCAAAUCCUGGCUCAGGCCGACGCUCUCAAGCACCUGACCCUGCGCGCGCAGGGCGAAGUUGUCGUCCGAGAGGCUCUGCAAGAGCUCGACGUUUGGGGAGCUGGAGCCACCUUCUCGCUCACCCCCUACACCGACUCCAAGGGGCGAUGCAUAAGACUCGUUAAAGACUGGACGGAUAUUGUUACCCAGGUAUGCUCACGUCCUUGUCGUUUUCACUCGUCUUUGCUCACUCCUGGAUUUGGGGGAGUCUGA